CCAAAACCCAGUUCAUAGAUCAGAAAAACCAUCAAACACUUUCACGGAAAAGAAAAAAAAUGAAGUUGCAAACCCUUAUCCUGUUGUCCCUAAGUUUGCUGAUUGGGAUCUCAGCAGAGCAAUGUGGGAGGCAAGCUGGUGGUGUCGUGUGCCCAAAUGGGCUGUGUUGUAGCCAGCAUGGGUGGUGCGGCACCACAUCUGACUACUGCGCUGCCGGUUGCCAGAGCCAAUGUGGCUCAACCCCUAACCCUACUCCAACCCCAACCCCAAGUGGCGGUGGUGAUAUUAGCAGCCUCGUUAGCUCGUCUGUUUUUGAUCAAAUGCUUAAGUAUCGAAACGAUGGGAGGUGCCCUAGUAAUGGGUUUUACAAGUAUGAUGCUUUCAUUGCUGCUGCUCGGUCUUUUAAUGGGUUUGGCACAACUGGUGAUGUUGCUACUCGCAAAAAAGAGCUUGCUGCAUUCUUGGCUCAAACCUCUCAUGAGACUACUGGAGGAUGGGCAAGUGCACCAGAUGGUCCUUAUGCAUGGGGAUAUUGCUUUGUCAAUGAAAGAAACCAAGAUGUGUAUUGCACACCAUCCAGUCAAUAUCCAUGUGCUGCUGGCAAGAAAUACUAUGGCAGAGGACCCAUCCAACUUACCCACAACUACAACUAUGGUCAAGCGGGUAAGGCAAUUGGAAAGGAUCUGAUAAACAACCCGGAUCUAGUGGCCACAGAUCCGGUUGUAUCAUUCAAGACAGCUAUAUGGUUCUGGAUGACUCCACAGGGAAACAAGCCAUCAAGCCAUGAUGUCAUCACUGGUAGGUGGAGUCCAUCUACUGCAGACAGAUCAGCGGGUCGGGUUCCCGGGUAUGGAGUGAUCACCAACAUCAUCAACGGAGGGGUUGAAUGCGGGAAGGGUCAGGAUGCUAGGGUUGCUAGUCGCAUCGGGUUCUACAGAAGGUACUGUCAGAUAUUGGGAGUGAAUCCGGGGGACAACUUGGAUUGUUACAAUCAAAGGCCUUUUGCCUAAAAAAAAUAUUGCUCAAUUAAAGUUUAGUCUUGGAGAUAUUGUUCAAUAGACAAUAAUCCCACCCUAUGUACUAAAUAAAAUUCAAUAAUCCUACGUAAUAAAGAAAUUUCUCGUUUACCCUUUAA